AACUGUGCUGAAGUCGUCCGGGAUGCUGGUUUUAUCUGCUGGCCGUCUUUCACUGCUUGGUCCACACACACCUGCCCUGCUGGCUGCCUGGAAUGCCUGCUCUUUGUGGGAUUCUCUAUAUGUGUACACAGGCAGGCACGCUCUGUUUCUGCAUGUGUGUGUGUUUAUGUGCGUGCUCUGUGUUUAUGCAUGUGUGUACAUGGGAGUGCGUGCUCUGUGUGUGUGCUCGGUGUUUAUGCAUGUGUGUACAUGGGAGCGCGUGCUCUGUGUGCGUGCUCUGUGUGUGUGCUCGGUGUUUAUGCAUGUGUGUACAUGGGAGUGCAUGCUCUGUGUGCAUGCAUGUGUGUACAUGGGAGUGCGUGCUCUGUGUUUAUGCAUGUGUGUACAUGGGAGUGCGUUCUCUGUGUUUAUGCAUGUGUGUACAUGGGAGUGCAUGCUCUGUGUGCAUGCAUGUGUGUACAUGGGAGUGCGUGCUCUGUGUUUAUGCAUGUGUGUACAUGGGAGUGCGUGCUCUGUGUUUAUGCAUGUGUGUACAUGGGAGUGCGUGCUCUGUGUGCGUGCUCGGUGUUUAUGCAUGUGUGUACAUGGGAGUGCAUGCUCUGUGUUUAUGCAUGUGUGUACAUGGGAGUGCGUGCUCUGUGUGCGUGCUCGGUGUUUAUGCAUGUGUGUACAUGGGAGUGCGUGCUCUGUGUUUAUGCAUGUGUGUACAUGGGAGUGCGUGCUCUGUGUGUGCUCUGUGUUUAUGCAUGUGUGUACAUGGGAGUGCGUGCUCUGUGUGUGUGCUCUGUGUUUAUGCAUGUGUGUACAUGGGAGUGCGUGCUCUGUGUGUGUGCUCUGUGUUUAUGCAUGUGUGUACAUGGGAGUGCGUGCUCUGUGUGUGUGCUCUGUGUUUAUGCAUGUGUGUACAUGGAGUGCGUGCUCGGUGUUUAUGCAUGUGUGUACAUGGGAGUGCGUGCUCUGUGUGCGUGCUCGGUGUUUAUGCAUGUGUGUACAUGGGAGUGCGUGCUCGCGGUAUGUCUGUACGCUGAGCUUCUUCCCGCUGUGGCAGGACCAGACAGCCAAAGACAAGGCCCUGCAGAGCAUGGCCUCCAUGUCCUCGGCACAGAUCGUCUCCGCCACCGCCGUCCAUAGCAAGCUGGGCCUCCCCCUUGCCCCGCAGGCCUCCUUCCCAACAGCCCCUGCGUUUUGGCAGGGCAUGGUCACGCCAGGCCUGGCUGGAUCGUCCCAGGACAUCAAGCCAUUUACCCAGCAAGACUCCUCAAUCCAGGCCCUGGCAGCUACGGCCAUUGCAGGCUAUGAGCCCGCGGUGCCUGCAGCCCCUGCUUGGCAGGGCCGCUCCAUCGGCACCUCCAGGCUGCGGCUGGUGGAAUUCUCUGCCUUCAUGGAGCAGCAGCAGGACCCAGACUCGUACAAGCACCUCUUUGUGCACAUCGGCCAGACGAACCACUCGCACAGGGAUGCCCUGCUGGAGUCGGUGGACAUACGUGAGAUUUACGACAAAUUCCCAGAGAAGAAGGGUGGCCUGAAAGAGCUCUUCACCAACGGCCAGCAGAACUCUUUCUUCCUAGUGAAGUUCUGGGCGGACCUGAACUGCAACGUCCAGGAGGAGACGGGGGCCUUCUACGGCGUCACCAGUCAGUACGAGAGUCCCGACAACAUGACCAUCACCUGCUCAACCAAGGUGUGCUCCUUCGGGAAGCAGGUUGUGGAGAAGGUGGAGACGGAGUACUCGCGCUUUGAGAACGGGCGCUUUGUCUACAGGAUAAGCCGCUCCCCCAUGUGUGAAUACAUGAUUAACUUCAUCCAUAAGCUCAAGCACCUCCCCGAGAAGUACAUGAUGAACAGUGUUCUGGAGAAUUUCACCAUUCUACUGGUCGUCUCCAACCGUGAAACACAGGAGACACUGCUGUGCAUCGCCUGUGUGUUUGAGGUGUCCAAUAGCGAGCAUGGUGCCCAACAUCACAUCUACCGGCUGGUGAAAGAGUGAGUCGUUCUUUGGGGGUGGGGGUGGGCCGCCUGCAGCCGAGCUACACCCAGUAUGCCUUGAGCUUACCGGUGGAGCCCACCCCCUGGCGUGCACAUGUAUGGCAGAGGCUGUGAAUUAUGGUACAGUUGUUGCGAUCUGAGAUGGGAGUUGCUGGUCCCAAGGUAUGCUGCAGUGACAUGACCACUGGGCGUUUGGAGAGAUGACCUCACCAUUCCUGCUCUGUCACUGUAUUGUUCAAUACUGUAUUGUUUCUUAUGUGGCUUAUGUAAAACUAUCUGUGUAUAUGUAUGGUUUUAACUGUGUGUGUUUAUGUAUGUGUGUCUGAACACAAAUGUACACGCACACACAUUUCCAAAGAAAAUCCUUUGAAUCGUGUAAGUAUGAAUUGGUUAUAAACUCUUUAGAAGGCAAACUGUCAUGACUUACCUGCCUACAGGGACUUUUUCCAAACUUCCAAUCACAACAAACUUGCCUGUGAUGGACAUUUCCUACAUGGCGCUGCACUGCCAGAGAACAGCUCUCUCAAAGACUGCAGCACUUGGCUGUCACGCCCUGGAAAGCCGGUGCCUUCUAUUUAUGCAAGUGCGAGGCUGUCGGGAAAAGUCCCGUAAACUCAUCUCAGACUCCGUGACUUCGCUCUUGGAGGUCAAGCGAGGUUUUCAUGGUGGUCCCUUUCUUCAGAGUGGCCGCAUUUGGCGUUUUGUAGGAGUCCUGUUACAGCGCAAGUCCGUGGCCUCAGCUCUCAAUAGUUCUCUAUCAACCCUUGACUGUGAGCUCCUUCCCACGUGGGAAGUUUGCCAAAGUGUAAUAGUACACAGUGCCUUAGUUUAAUACUGACUGUACCGUACUGGGUAACACUAAGACCGGAUCCCAGGGAGCCGUCUGGGCACUGGGAACACAAAGGCUCAUCCAGUGGGGCUCAGGCCCACGUCUGAAGAUGAGGACUUUAACACACAACCACCACGGCCACAACACCAAAAAUGUACAACCUGUGGAGGGCGCCUGCACUGUCAGUGUUAAAGUGCCUUAUGUUCUGAGUACUACUGAGUACUUCUCAGUACUACUGAGCUGGGAAACGAUAGAACAUUCAGUAAUGGGAGUGAAACGGCACGGUGCGCUUCAGACACUGACAAUACAGCAGGAUGCGAUGUCACCCCCCCUUCCCCCCCCACACCUGAAGAGUCUGCAUUCACUGACAAGAAAGGGAGCCACUCUCAAGUUACUCCAUCUUUUUUGGGGGGAAGGGAGAAGCCUUAAAAAUCAAGUUUAAAGACUCAGAGUGGAAGGGGGGUUAGAGUACCAGUGGCUGAGGUUGGAAGGUUGGACCACUGGGAUAGUAGGUGUGUAGUUCCUGUUAUUUCUUGAAUACUGGUACUGUUGCUGACGUAAAAAUUUUGGCUUUAAAAAAAUGAGAAUGAAGAGUAUAUUUAAAAGCUGCUUUGUAUAGGAAAACUUUUUUUUUUUUUUUUUAAAGUGUUUGAGCCGGGAGUGAUGUCGAGUAAAAGGCUAUCGUGCAUUUUUCUGACUGCAAACUGUUCUGUAUUUGUUUAGACUUUAUGCCUUUGAGAAACUGAUAGGUUUUGUAGCUUUCUAGGGAUUUCUUUAUAUGCAUAAAAUAAAACUACUUCCUUCCUCA